CAUCACCCUGCGAGGAGUUAAACUGUGUCAGAAGCUGUAGUUAAUCUUCUCCCUGAGAGGCCAGAGGCUUCAAAGUGCAUACUGACCAGUUCCUCUCAGCCAGUCUGGAGCCCCUUUCUCUCUAAACGGAGCAAAACCUCGAGUCUGGAAGAUGAAAAUAUCUGUCGUGUCCAAGAAGCUGUUGUCCGUCUACAAACAGCUGGUCCUCCUGCUCGUCCCUCUGCUGCUCCUACCUUUGCUGUUUACUCUUCCGGAGAAGAGGCCCUUCCUCUGGCCGUCACUGCGAUGCUUCCGGUCUGCCUCUUCCCAACACUUGGAAUUCUCCCAUCCAAGAAACUAUGCCCUCAGUACUUCCUCGAAACCAAUUUUCUCUUCCUCAGCGGUCUUUUGAUGGCCUCGUCCAUCGAGGAGUGGGGCCUGCAUCGCAGAAUUGCCCUGAAGGUCCUCACCAUUGUCGGAGUAAAACCUGCAUGGCUCAUACUGGGAAUGAUGUUGACCUCGUCCUUCCUGUCCAUGUGGCUCAGCAACACGGCCACGACAGCCAUGAUGCUGCCUAUUGCUAACGCCAUCCUGGAGAGUCUCUUCGGAGACCUGGAGACCCUGAAACAGAAGUGCAAGUCCCCGGACGAUCCUGAGGGUGAUAUAAUAAAUGGUCAGUCUGUAAAGCUGCAUUCACUGCCCUCGGUGCCCUCGGAGAAACGGAUGCUGGCGAUGGACGGGAUGGAUUUGAUGGAUCAAAGUGACAUGAUGACAUCUGAGGAGAUCCAGUUGGAGUCCCAGUAUCAGCUGAAGGUGUGGAAAGGAUUCUUGAUCUGUAUCCCGUAUGCAGCCAGUAUCGGAGGCACCGCCACGCUGACAGGCACCGCGCCCAACCUCAUCCUGAUUGGACAGCUGAAGAGCCACUUUCCAGACUGUGACCUCAUCAAUUUUGGGUCUUGGUUUGCGUUCGCUUUCCCGCUCAUGCUUAUCUUCCUGUUCUUUGGAUGGAUUUGGAUCUCGUAUCUGUAUGGGGGAUUGAAUACAAGAUUGUGCUUCAAGAAAAGCGACCACAGAGCUGAGGCAGAAGCCAGAGCGAGGGCUCUGAUAGAGGACGAUUACAGAAAACUAGGCCCCUUAAAUUUUGCAGAGGGGGCGAUCUCUUUCUUUUUUGCGCUCUUUGCCAUUCUCCUGUUCACACGCGAUCCCAAAUUUUUCUCUGGCUGGUCUGUGUUUUUUAAAAAAGGGUACGUCUCAGACGCUGUCACUGGUGUGAUCAUUGUGUCGAUAUUGUUCUUCUUCCCCUCACAGAAACCUUCUCUGAGCUGGUGGUUUGACCCUAAAGCUUCGAACACCCCUUAUGUUCCUCUCCUAUCAUGGAAGAAAGCUCAGGAAUCUGUUCCCUGGAAUAUCAUCCUGCUGCUCGGAGGCGGCUUUGCUAUGGCUAAAGCUUGUGAGGAGUCUGGGCUCGCCUCCUGGAUCGGAGGCCACCUCCAGCCUUUGGCCGAGGUCCCUCCUGCUGCAGCUGUGAUGCUGAUCACUGCUUUCCUGGCUGGUUUCACUGAGUUCGCCAGCAACACCGCCACAAUUAUCAUCUUUUUACCCGUCAUUGCUGAACUGGCUAUUCGCGUGUCAAUAAACCCUCUGUACUUCAUGAUUCCUGCAACAGUAGGAUGUUCAUACGCCUUCAUGCUGCCAGUUUCCACUCCACCAAACUCAAUCGCCUUUGCGUCGGGACAUCUCAUGGUCAAAGACAUGGUGAAAACCGGCUUUGUCAUGAACAUCCUGGGCGUCCUCUCGGUCACUCUGGCCAUGAACACGUGGGGCGUUGCAAUGUUUGACUUGCACUCGUAUCCAGAAUGGGCUCGACCCAUCAACAAGACUGCGCUCCUCACUGGUGUGCACUUCUCAUCCGUCCAGUCAGUGAAUGCUACGCUCUGAUCACUCAAUCUCAGCAUGAGCACGGAGGAGAGAUCAGAAGAUUGUAAAUAGAUUCAACACUAAACAGGGACAAGAGUCUGUCUUCAGACAUCUGUGUCACUACAAUGUCGGGACGCUCUGGGAGCUUCAUCUGUUACCUAUUAUGAUGAAUUUAAUUAUACUCGGGUGUCUUCAUAGGCUCUAAAGAGUCAAGAUGUCGUGCUGUGAAGUGUUCACUCAAAGUUUUAAAGGGUAACCCCACCAAUUUUCCACAUUAAAGUGUGUUCACAGGUCUUGGAGAGUACCACCGCAUUGUAAAAAAAGUAGUAUAAAGCCUUUUGUGGCUCAAGAGGAAGCUGCAUUUAAUCUAAUAAAAGGCAUCGCCUUUGACUAUGACUGUUAAUUUUGGCCAACUAUUUCAGAUUCAUUCUUAGUCAUCAGAUGAAAAUGCUUAAUAGUUUCAGUCACAUUUGAGUGAGUUUUAUCCUUCAUAGUUUUAGUCUAGUUUUUAGAACAGGGAUGUAUUUGUUUAUAUUUUGACAGACAGACUAGAUGCACAAUAACUCAUACAUUUUUAAUUGUCCACAGUCCACCUCCAACGGCCUCACUGACAAAAACAAAACAUACUUUUCGUCUUAGUUUAUGUUACAAAGAUCUGUUUUCAGCUUGUUAUUUCUCAUCUUGAUCAUGAAAAUUAAGGUAAUUAACAUUUUUUGUCAUAGUUUAGACAAAUCGAUACAUCAGAACCAGAGAUAUCGCCUUCUUUAUUCUGCACAUUCUUCUUCCUUUUCAACUUUUGGUGCCUACGUUACCCACAAUGCAACUUGUGUUAGACUUAGAUUACAUGCAGUUUCCUCUGGAGCCACAAAAGACUUUAUACUACUUUUUUCACAUACGCAGUUGUACGUGACUCCCAAAGUCCUUUAGACACAGUUUGAUAUGGAGAAGUGGUGGAGUUAUACUUUUAAGGAAAAAAAAAAAACAAAAAAACAAACAAACUCUGCCUUCUUGAAACUGAUUGGACAGGAGAGACAUUUAACCUCAAUGUUUUUUUUUAAUGUUUUUUUUUUAAUAAUAAUAAACUUCUGAAGAGUUCUGUUUGUACUAAUGCUACUAGUCUGACCUCUGCUGGAAGAACGAGCAGGACCUCUGUGAAUAAUUCAUUUAAAAUAUAUAUUUUUGUUUAAAAUCACUAAGAGAUCGUGUUACUUGUAUAGAAUGGUGAAGGGUUAGAGGCCGUAGCACAUAAAUAAAUAUUAAAUCUUUUUCUACAUUAGAUUAUAAAUCCUCUCUGAUAAAUGUGUACAUUUUGUGACAAAAUGAUUUAAGUUCACAUAACUGCUGUUACAAAAUAAAUUGAAGUUGUAUCAUGUAAUAUGGUUGCAUGUGAUCUCUGUAUUUCCUGCUGUGUGCAUGAUUGCACACAGCAGGUGUCAUUUUAAGAGAAGAACCUUGUUGUAAGAAUAUUUGCUGCUGCUCAGCUGUUUUAUUUCAAGAAAUCAGCAUCAAAAUAUAUAUAUAUGAAAAAAAUCCAAUCCUCAGGUUAUGAUAAGUUGUUUCUGUGCUGCUGCAGGUUUCACACAUAUUUAACACAUAUUGGCCUCUGCACACAGAAACAGAGCGAGAGAAGGCACACAGUUGUAAAUUCCUAACAAUGUUUGUUUGGCGUAGUAAACUGUCUGAAGUCAAGAGGCCCGACAACAAUGGUUAACUUGUGCGAGGCUGCGGUGGUUACUGAGUGUCAGCGGGGUCACUGCAAAAGGUCCUGUGGCGUUUAAAUGCAAAACUAUAAAAUACUCAACCAAAAUCCGCUGACCAGGACAGGAUGUACCGAGAUACCUGCAAAAAAAAAAAACCUUUCAUCUCGAUCGAGGCUGAUUUAAAUCUGUGCUAUUUUCUGGAUCCAAAGACAGAUUAGAAACAGUAUUCAGUUGUUACUUAGAAUAAAUGUGAUUACUAUUUUUGUAUCGAUCAUACCUGGAACUGUAUUUUUACAUUAAAUCCCAUUUCUCUCAA